CUGUUACUGUAAGCCAAUUAAUAAAUGACUUCUGCUCGAAUAGGUUAUAGAAAUUUACUUAGAAGAAUCGUUAAAUUACCAUUAGGUGAUGAUAUUCUUUUAAGAUUAAAAGAGAAAACUAAAGAGCAACUAUCAAAAAAGAUACCAAAGAAGAAAUUAAAAUCAAAGUAUAAUCAUCAUUUGCAAUUAUAUGAUGAUAUAUUAAAUGAUAAUUAUGAACGAUUUGAUGAAUUAUUAGAUGUAAUAUUUAAAGAAGGUAAUAAAAUUCCCGAAUGGGAACUGAAAUUUCAAUCUACUCCAGCAAUACAGUUUAAAUCAUUUUGGCCCCAAAUUUAUGGAAUCCAUGAAUUAACAUCACAAUCAACAUCACGUAGAUCCAUAUCAGUUUAUAACAAACUUAAUAACGAGCAAAUGAAUGAAAAUAUUUCAAUGGUGCAAUAUUUUGACCUUUAUAAAACACAAAAAAAUUAUAUCAGUCAAUAUUCUUUCCCAUUAGCAAGAGAAUAUUCAAUUGGAAUCUCCACUUUACCAUUGAACGAAAUCUAUAAGAAAUAUCAAUUUUUAUAUCAGCAUCAACAAUUAUGGGAUAUUAACAUUCAACCAAUAGAAGUCUUUUAUGAAACCAACAAAUUCGGUGCUCCAUUACCAAUAAAUAAUCGUGAUGAUGUAUUCAUACAAAAGAUAAAAAAAGUAAAACAAUUAUUUGAACAAUUCAAACCUAUACCUAAGGAAGAUUUAUAUGAAAUUAUAAAUUUCGCUACUGGUACUGAAAAGAUUAAUAAGAAUUUCCACAAGUAUAAACAGACCCAUCCAAGAACUAAUCUAAUACCAAAUGAUCUUGGAUGA